GGGGCCGGGAGAAAUUUGGAUUUGGCUGAAGGGUCAGAGGUUUGGGGCCAGGUCCCCCGCCCCGAGCUCCCCUCCCCCACGGCACUUUGGGGGUGUGGAUUAUCUCAUCCCGGCCGGGAGGUGGGAGCGGGCGCCGGCUGCCCGCCUCCCGCCGCCUCCCGGCGCGCUGGCCCGCGGCAGCCCCGCAGUAUGAGGUGGUGCUGGCGGCUCGGGGCCGUGGCGCGGCCGCUGCGGCGGCUGCUCGGGGGGCGCUGAGGGAGCCCCCCGGAGUGGCGCGGCGGACACGCUUCUUCCCGGCGUGCCGGGGCCUCCAAGCUUAUUCUCCAGCCGAGAGGACGCGGCUGUGAUACGAAGAUUUUGUGUGGACAGUAAUGACCUCACGUUUCCGAUUGCCUGCUGGCAGAACCUACAAUGUACGAGCAUCAGAGUUGGCCAGAGACAGACAGCAUACAGAGGUGGUUUGCAACAUUCUUCUUCUGGAUAACACUGUCCAAGCUUUCAAAGUUAAUAAGCAUGAUCAGGGGCAAGUUCUGUUGGAUAUAGUCUUUAAGCAUCUUGAUUUGACUGAGCGAGACUAUUUUGGUUUGCAGUUGGCUGAUGAUUCCACAGAUAACCCACACCUGGGGCAUGAAGUCCUGCAGGAAGCCACAGAGCUCGUGGAACAGACCCUUUACAUCCCCUCUGCCUCGGAGAGGCUUGCUAUGAAGAGGUGGCUGGAUCCAAACAAACCAAUAAGGAAGCAGUUGAAGAAAUUGCUUUUAUUAUUUCUAGGAGGAUCUCCUCACAGUUUGAACUUUAGAGUCAAAUUUUUUGUAAGUGACCCCAACAAGUUACAAGAAGAAUAUACAAGGUACCAGUAUUUUUUGCAAAUAAAACAAGACAUUCUUACUGGAAGAUUGCCCUGUCCUUAUAAUACUGCUGCCCUUUUAGCUUCAUUUGCUGUUCAGUCUGAACUUGGAGACUAUAAUCAGUCAGAAAAUUUUCCAGGCUACCUCUCAGAUUAUUCUUUCAUUCCUAAUCAACCUCAAGAUUUUGAAAAAGAAAUCACAAAAUUACAUCAACAGCAUACAGGCUUAUCUCCUGCAGAAGCAGAAUUUAAUUACCUAAAUACAGCACGUACCUUAGAACUCUAUGGAGUUGAAUUCCACUAUGCAAGGGAUCAAAGUAAUAAUGAAAUUACGAUUGGAGUGAUGUCAGGAGGAAUUCUGAUUUAUAACAACAGGCUCCGAAUGAAUACCUUUCCAUGGUUGAAGAUUGUAAAAAUUUCUUUUAAGUGCAAACAGUUUUUUAUUCAACUUAGAAAAGAAUUGCACGAAUCUAGAGAAACACUGUUGGGAUUUAAUAUGGUGAAUUACAGAGCAUGUAAAAACUUGUGGAAAGCAUGUGUAGAACAUCACACAUUCUUCCGUUUGGACAGACCACUUCCACCUCAAAAGAAUUUCUUUGCACAUUAUUUUACACUAGGUUCAAAAUAUCGGUACUGUGGGAGAACUGAAGUCCAGUCAGUUCAGUAUGGCAAAGAAAAGGCAAAUAAAGACAGGAUAUUUGCAAGAUCCCCAAGUAAGCCAUUGGCACGGAAAUUAAUGGAUUGGGAAGCAGUAAGCAGAAAUUCAAUAUCUGAUGACAGGUUAGAAACCCAAAGCCUUCCAUCACGAUCUCCACCUGGAACUCCUAAUCAUCGAAAUUCUACAUUCACACAAGAGGGAACCCGAUUACGACCAUGUUCCGUUGGUCAUUUGGUAGACCAUGUGGUUCACACUUCCCCAAGUGAAGUUUUCGUGAGUCAGAGAUCUCCAUCAUCAACACAAGCUAAUAGCAUCGUUCUGGAAUCUUCACCUUCACAAGAGACUCCUGAAGAUGGGCAGCCUCCAGCUUUACCACCCAAACAAUCUAAGAAAAACAGUUGGAACCAAAUUCAUUAUUCACAGUCUCAACAAGAUCUGGAAAACCAUACUGAUGAAACAUUUGAUGUUCCCUCUUCCCCUGAAAAGUCUACUCCUAAUGGUGGUGUUCCACAAGAUAAUCUUGUUCUAAUCAGAAUGAAACCUGAUGAAAAUGGAAGAUUUGGAUUCAAUGUAAAGGGAGGAUAUGACCAGAAGAUGCCUGUAAUUGUGUCCCGAGUAGCACCAGGAACACCUGCUGACCUCUGUGUCCCUCGAUUGAAUGAAGGGGACCAAGUUGUACUGAUCAAUGGUUGGGACAUUGCAGAACAUACCCAUGAUCAAGUUGUCCUUUUUAUCAAAGCUAGCUGUGAGAGACAUUCUGGGGAACUUGUGCUUCUAGUUCGACCUAAUGCUGUAUAUGAUGUAGUGGAAGAAAAGCUAGAAAAUGAGCCAGACUUCCAGUACAUUCCUGAGAAAGCCCCACUGGAUAGUGUCCAUCAAGAUGACCAUUCCUUGCGGGAAUCGAUGAUCCAGCUAGCUGAGGGGCUUAUUACUGGAACAGUUCUGGCACAGUUUGAUCAACUAUAUCGGAAGAAACCUGGAAUGACAAUGUCUUGUGCCAAAUUACCUCAGAAUAUUUCCAAAAAUAGAUACAGAGAUAUUUCGCCUUAUGAUGCUACACGGGUCAUUUUAAAAGGUAAUGAAGACUACAUCAAUGCAAACUAUAUAAACAUGGAAAUUCCUUCUUCAAGUAUUAUUAAUCAGUACAUUGCUUGUCAAGGACCAUUACCACACACUUGCACAGAUUUUUGGCAAAUGACUUGGGAACAAGGCUCCUCCAUGGUUGUAAUGUUGACCACACAAGUUGAACGUGGCAGAGUUAAAUGUCACCAGUAUUGGCCAGAACCCACAGGAAGUUCAUCCUAUGGAUGUUACCAAGUCACCUGCCACUCCGAAGAAGGAAACCCUGCCUAUAUCUUCAGGAAGAUGACACUAUUUAACCAAGAGAAAAAUGAAAGUCGUCAACUCACUCAGAUCCAGUACAUAGCUUGGCCUGACCAUGGAGUCCCUGAUGAUUCAAGUGACUUUUUGGACUUUGUUUGUCAUGUACGAAAUAAAAGGGCCGGAAAAGAAGAACCUGUUGUUGUUCACUGCAGUGCUGGCAUUGGAAGAACCGGGGUUCUUAUUACUAUGGAAACAGCCAUGUGUCUCAUUGAAUGCAAUCAGCCAGUUUAUCCUCUAGACAUUGUAAGAACAAUGAGAGAUCAACGAGCCAUGAUGAUCCAAACACCUAGUCAAUACAGAUUUGUAUGUGAAGCUAUUUUGAAAGUUUAUGAAGAAGGCUUUGUUAAACCUUUAACACCAUCAUCAAAUAAAUAAGAAAACAAAAGUUCUGGGAUAUGUGUUGGAAAACUGCUUUUCAUUAUAUUCACUGUGCCAUUGCACCGCUCACAGGAAAUGGCAUCUCAUUAAAAAAAAAAAAAAUGAAGAACUCACAAAAACUUUGAAAACUUCAGCACUGUUGCACUUUAUGUUAAGAAAUAUGUCACUCUUUCAAAAUCUAUAA